UUCUAAAGCAAUAAUUAAAAUUAUGUCGAAAUUUUUGCAAGAAGAAUCAGAGGAAUCUGAAUAAGAGCAAUAAACUGGAGGUUCAAAGUUCUUAUAGGUUAAAGAGGAAAACGAGGAAGAAGAAUAAAAGCCAUCAGUCAAGGAAGAACCAAAAAAUGUGAAAAAAGAAACAAAGAAAAAUAAAAAUAAAAAGAAUGAUUCAGAUGAUGAGUUAGAUAAAUUAUUAGCAUCUCAACCUUAAUAGGAGCAGGAGCUAGAUGAAGAAGCAAAGAAAAGAGCUGAAAAAAAAAAAGAAAAAAAAGCAAAAUAAGCAGAUAAGAAAAAAAAUUAACCCGAAUAAUAGUAAUUGCCUGAAAAAAAAUAAGAAAAACCAGGAAAAAAGCCUUCUGCUGCUGCACAGAAGAUACUAGAAUUAAAAAGAAUAAAGGAAGAAGAAGAAAGAAAAAUUAAAGAAGAGGAGGAAAGAAAAAGAUAAGCUGAGGAAGAAAGAAUAAGAAAAGAAUAAGAGGAAGAGGAAAAUAGAAAAAAGGAAGAGGAAAAAAGAAAAUAAAUAAAAGCUUUAAAGAAAAAAGAAUUAUUAGAUAAGGGAAUAUAUAAAACAAAAAAAUAACUUGAAGAAGAAGAGAAACUUAAGUUUAUGAGAGAUUAAAUGGGAAUAAAAAUUGAUGAUGGAAUUAAUAAAUCAAAUGUGGUAAAAAAAAAUAAAAAAAAGCCAGGCUAAUAAUAAUAAUAAGUAGAUAUAUUAGAAAAACAACAAAAAACAGAAACAGUAUAAACUGAAUAAAAAGGUGAAGAAAAAUAGCUAAAACAAUAAAAAGUAGAUGGAGUAGAAGAAAUAAACUAAUAACCUCUUGUAUAAUAAUCAUAAAAAUAAGAAGAAAUUAUUAAUAAAAAUGAUGAUGGAGAAGUGGAAAGUUGGGAAUAAUUUGUAGAAGAAGGAGAAGCAGAGUAAAUUUAGUAAGAAAAAGAUAAGUAAGAAAAAUAAUAAGUAGAGGCAUAGAAAAAAUAAUAAGAACAAAUUUUAUAAUAGUAAUCAUUUGCUUCAACUACGAAGAAAGAAAUCUUAGAUUUAUACAAACCUGUAGGUGAAUUAAGAUCACCAAUUUGUUGUAUUUUAGGGCAUGUUGAUACAGGUAAGACAACUCUUUUAGACAAAAUCAGAAAUACAAAUGUUUAAGAAGGAGAGGCAGGAGGAAUUACUUAAUAAAUUGGUGCUACUUUCUUUCCAGCAAAAAAACUAAAGGAAGAAUUAAUAAAAACUUAAUAGUUUUAUCCUGUUGAUUGUAAUGUCCCAGGUUUAUUAAUUAUUGAUACUCCAGGACAUGAAUCAUUUUCAAAUUUAAGAACUAGAGGUUCCUCAUUAUGUGAUUUAGCCAUUUUAGUAAUUGAUUUAAUGCACGGAUUAGAAAAUUAAACAUUGGAAUCAUUAGAAUUAUUAAAAAUGAGAAAAACUCCCUUUAUAAUUGCAUUAAAUAAAAUAGAUAGAUGCGUUGAAUGGAAAAAUAAAAAAAAUGCCUCUUCUUAUCAUUAAUUGUAAAAUCAAACCAAAAAUUGUAAAAUGGAUUACGAAAGUAAAAGAUAACAAGUUAUUACAUAAUUGGCAGAGAAAGGAUUUAAUGUUGCAUUCUUUUGGGAGAAUGAAGAUCCAAAAACUUAUAUUUCAGUUGUUCCAACAUCAGGAGUUACAGGAGAAGGUAUUCCUGAUUUGUUAUCAGUUAUUGUUAAAUAUACAUCUGUCUUUAUGAAAAAUAAAAUCAAAGUGAAGGAAUAAUUUAAUUGUACUGUCUUAGAGAAGAAAGUAACUGAAGGUCAUGGAACUACUAUAGAUUGUCUUUUAGUCGAUGGUCAAAUAAAAAAAGAUGACAAAAUAAUCUUGGCAGGAUUUCAAGGUCCUAUAAUUACUAAAGUUAGAGCUCUCUUAACUCCUCAUCCAAUGAAAGAGAUGAGAGUAAAAGGUGAGUAUAUUCAUCAUGAUGUGAUAUACGCAUCUAUGGGUUUAAAAAUAUCUGCUGUAGGAUUAGAAGAAGCUAUGGCGGGAUCUCAAAUGUAUUUAGCUAAUACUCAAGAUGAUAUAGAUAAAGCAACAGACCUAAUUAAUAAUGAAAUGGAAGAAGUGAAAAAAUAUAUUAAACUUUAAAAUUAAGGAGUUGGAGUUGCAGCAUCUACUUUGGGUUCUUUGGAAGCUCUCCUAUAAUAUUUAAAUAGCCAAGAAAUUCCUGUUUCUUAUGUUAGUGUAGGGCCAGUUUCUAAAGAUGAUGUUAUGAAAGCUUUAAAAAAUGUAUUAUUGGAAGAUGUAAACAGAAGAAAAAAAGAGUAUAUAUUAAUUUUUUAUUACUUUAGAUAUGCUUGCAUGUUAGUUUUUGAUGUAAAAAUAUUACCAGAUGCUUAGAAAUUUGCUGAAGAAAAUUAAAUCAAGAUUUUUGAAGCGAACAUAAUUUAUCAUUUAUUUACAAAAUUUACCGACUUUAUAAAGUAAGUGAAAGAAGAAAGAAAGAAAAAGGAAGCUGCAGAUGUUGUAUUCCCUUCAUUAUUAAAAGUAAUCCAAUUAUAUAUAUUUUAGAUCGUCAGAAUUAUUAAUACAAAAGAACCUUUAAUAUUAGGAGUAGAAGUAGAAUAAGGAAUAUUAAAAACAGGAACUCCAAUAUGCAUUUAUGAUUAAAAUAGUAACAAAAAUAAGAUAGGUAUUGUUGAGACUAUCGAAUUAAAUCAUAAAAGCUUAAAGGAAGCAAGGGCUACAACAGGAGCAGUUGCCUUAAGAAUAGGAACGAAUUAAGCCAUAUAAGCUGGAAAGUAAAUCACUUUGGAAACAAAAUUGGCAAGUUUGGUAAUUAAUAAUUUUAUUUUAAAGAUUACAAGAAGAGCUAUCGAUAUCCUAAAAGAGCAUUAUAGAGAAGAUUUAACAUUAGAUGAUUGGUAGUUGGUCAAAGAUUUAAAAUUAUUCUUAAAUAUUGGUUGAAAUUUAUCAUAUGUAAAAAAAGAA